AUCCCUGUCCUCGAGCGACUGGAUUCAUUUGGUUCCGCUGCUUUGGAGGCAGACGCCGCCGUCUAAUCAGGCACCCACAUUCGCACAUCAAAAUUCGUCCGGUUAGCACGUUUUCCCUUCGUCAGAUUGUUCCAUUCAAAAAAAGUCUAGUGAUCGCUGAGUGUUGUCCGUGAAGGGGAUAAAAAAUGGCAUUGUUCCGAGUAUCGACAACCAAAGGACUUGAGCUCCAAAAAGCCCUGUCUCAGAUCUGCAGACAAUUCAGCGAUGCGUCGACUGAUCUCAAAGCGGUUAUGGCCGCUAAAAUACCAAAGGAACAGGAGCGGGUCAAGAACUUCAGGAAGACUCACGGCAACACCAAAGUCGGAGAAGUCACCGUCGACAUGAUGUACGGUGGUAUGAGAGGCAUCAAGGGUUUGGUGUGCGAAACUUCGGUGCUGGACGCCGACGAGGGCAUCAGGUUCCGUGGUCUUUCCAUUCCCGAGUGCCAGAAGCUGCUUCCCAAAGCUCCAGGCGGUGCCGAACCAUUGCCAGAAGGUCUCUUCUGGCUGUUGAUGACAGGAGACGUGCCGACCGAUGCUCAGGUGAAACAAUUGUCGAAGCAAUGGGCGGAACGCGCCGAUCUCCCCGCCCACGUGGUGACCCUUCUAAACAACAUGCCAAACACCGUGCACCCAAUGUCACAGUUCAGCGCCGCCGUAACUACCCUGAACAGCGAGAGCAAGUUCGCCAAGGCUUACGCCAGCGGCGUUCACAAGUCCAAAUACUGGGAAUACGUGUACGAGGACAGUAUGGAUCUGAUCGCCAAACUGCCCGUCAUUGCCGCCACCAUCUACCGCAACACCUUCAAGGACGGCAGCGGCAUCGGCGCCAUCGACACAUCCAAGGAUUGGUCCUGCAACUUCACCCACAUGCUCGGCUACGAUGAUCCUCAAUUCAUCGAACUGAUGCGUCUCUACCUCACCAUUCACAGUGACCACGAGGGCGGCAACGUUUCUGCCCACACCGUCCAUCUUGUCGGAUCCGCCCUCAGCGACCCCUACCUCUCCUUCGCCGCCGGACUCAACGGUCUUGCCGGACCACUCCACGGCCUGGCCAACCAAGAAGUUUUGGUUUGGUUGCAAAAAUUGCGCCAGCAAGUCGGUGACAAGGCCACCGAAGAGCAACUCAAAGAGUUCAUUUGGAAGACCCUCAAGUCCGGCCAGGUCGUUCCCGGCUACGGUCACGCCGUCCUCAGAAAAACCGACCCGAGGUAUACGUGCCAAAGAGAAUUCGCCCUCAAGCACUUGCCCAAUGACCCGCUCUUCCAGCUGGUCUCCAACGUCUAUAAAGUGGUGCCACCAAUCCUGUUGGAACUUGGAAAGGUCAAGAACCCAUGGCCCAAUGUAGAUGCUCACUCUGGUGUCCUCUUACAGUAUUACGGACUUUCAGAAAUGAACUAUUACACCGUGCUGUUCGGCGUGUCUAGGGCUCUCGGUGUCUUGGCCUCCAUGGUCUGGGACCGCGCUCUUGGCCUGCCCAUCGAAAGACCAAAGUCCUUGUCCACGGACGGUUUGAUGAAAGCCCUCAAAGCAGCUUAAACACAAACUUUCUCCGAUGAUUUUGUUUUAAGAAAAAAAGAAACCAAUCAAAAAUCAACAUCACCAGUAGCAGGAACUAUAUAGAAUUAGUCACAACAACACAACCCCAAUUUUAUAAGGAAUCAUCAACGAACAGCAACAAUCACGGAUUAGUAGUAAUACAAUAAUCGCCAUCAUCUCACGUUUGUUACCAUUUUUGUUUCUUUGUAAUUUAAUUUAGAGUAAAACAAAAGCAAAAUUAAAAACAUUUUUAAGAGAAAGCGAAGCAAUCAGGAGGGAUUCAAACUAAAUGCAAAAUGUACAAUCAUGGAAUACUGAAGCUAUAUAUGUAUAAUAUAUUUUGACUAUUUAUUAAUUAA